AUGAACAAAAAUGUUGAUAAGAAUGAAAGCAAAUUGUUUCAAUUACCGUCAUUGCCGCCUUGGAGAACACCAAGGUUUAACAAAGUAAACUUGAACAAUUUCACCACACCAUUACGUAAGAGAUCGACAAGGGUAAUUAGCAACGAUUCAAUACCCAUAACGGGUGAAGUAUUAGAGGAGAAGGAUGUAGAUGAAGCCUACGGGAUGAAUAUGGAUGUGGACGAGGUUGAUCAUCUUAAUAGUUUGAGCCACAUAGAAGAAGAAAAAGCAUAUGAUUACUCACCAUUUUGUGAACGCAAUACACUAAGAGAAAGCAAAAUCGAUAGUUUUUUGCAGGCUGAAAGGGCAGCACAUUGUCUUGUGUUUCAUAAGGAGGGUCAUCUGGACUGUAUGGAUACUUAUCGUCCCGAUAUUGAUGUUAUGUGUGGUGAGAUGACACUGGGCAGCGACAAUCCAGAUAGUAACGGUACAAUGUUGUUGGAGAGUGUGCCUGGAUGUAGCAAAGAAGACCUGGGGAGGUUAUCGAGGCGAGAGUUUGUAGCAAGUUCGAAACCCAGCAUGAGACGGUUGGACGACAUAAUAAACCAUGAGACGAAUGCUUUAAGCAGUUUUUGGAACGACUCAGAUUUAGUCAGCUCGCUGCAAAGUCACCAUUUGCAUGAAGAGUAUCUGCUUUUACAAGAAGAAUUGAAAAACAUCUGUAAGACCCAAUGCCAUAACAGAGUGCCCAUAGAAAGCCUACGGGAGAAAUGUAGGAGGCAUUAUAACAGCGAAGAUAGCUCAUCCCAUUAA